UUCAACCAUGGAAAUGCGCCCCACCAGCCCCGAUCUCCUUCCCGGACUUGGUCGACUUUGUUAAUGCAAAAGAAUGAUGUCACUUUAACCAAAAGCAAGUCAGCCGUCUGAUGCAACUAGAUGACACCGAGGAUGUACUUGUUGCAUGUGGAUUGCGAGGGCUUAAAUUGGCUUACAUAUACAUUAUCUUCAUCAUAUUCGGGAUGAAACUUCCUAUGUUGAAGGCUUGGUAGUAAGUGAUUUUGUUGAUAUACAGAUCUGUGGAAAUCGCAAACCGUGACGGAUAAACUUCUUCGAUUUUGUCUUGCGAACCACAGCAGCACAAACUCUUCACAAUCAUGGAUUUGUGGGAAGACUCUAAAACUACGAUGUUGUUGAUGGUAUCUGUGCUGACAUUCAUUGUAACAUGGUGGUGGACAAGGAAGAAAAAGAAGCCAAAGAAUCUUCCCCCAGGACCAAAGUCCUAUCCUCUUGUGGGAACAAUCUUCAGUUCUUCAAGUGAUUUAGAUUUUCUCAAAACCUUUGGCCGGCUGGCUAAGGAACACGGACCUGUGGUGAGGCUUGAGCUAGGAUUCACAAAGAUUUAUGCCAUCGUGCUGAAUACGCCCGAAAUGGUUAAGGAGGCGUUCGUUAAACAGGGGCAUGUUUUCAGUCAUCGUCCAAGGAUGUACCUGGAUAAGAUUUUUAAUGAGCGCGAUGGAGAGUAUUUUGGGCUGAUUGGUACCGAUGGAGAACGCUGGAAAUCACAACGGAAGUUCGCAUUGACGACUCUGAGAGAUUUUGGUUUCGGAAAGANCAUUCUUUUAAUCAAUUUAGGAGAGUAUUUUGGGCUGAUUGGUACCGAUGGAGAACGCUGGAAAUCACAACGGAAGUUCGCAUUGACGACUCUGAGAGAUUUUGGUUUCGGAAAGAUGUCACUUGGAGACAAAAUUCAAGAAGAAGUCGACGCUUUGAUUGACGAGAUUCUGCAGAGAGACGGAGCGGCGAUAGACCUCAAAUUCCUCCUCGUGCCCGCCGUCUCCAACAUCAUUCAUUCCAUUGUGUUUGGAUACAGGAACCAGUUCAACGAUCAAGAGUUUCAAACGUUUUUCAAGGCUCUAGAUGAAAUGUUUAAAGCGUCUGCGAAAGCUGGUAUCGUGAAUUCAUUCCCUUGGCUGCGCUUUCUUCCUGGAGACAUGUUUGGCUUCCAUACCAUGUUAAGCAAUUUGAAGAAAACUAGACAGUAUAUUCAGAAAAAGGUGCAUGCCCACAUGGAGUCGUAUAAUCCAAGCGAUCAUAAAUGCUAUGUUGACGUCUUUAUUGAGGCAAUGAAGUCUGAAGAAGGGAGAGGAGAACAGGCAAAUUUUUGCGAAAACCAACUCUUAGCGUCGGUAAUAGAUUUGUUCGUAGCUGGCACGGAGACAACAUCAACAACCCUGCAGUGGGCCCUAUUACUGCUCCUUGUACACGGAGACGUUCAGGAGAAGGUCCACGAAGAAUUGGACAGCGAAAUCGGGUCUCGCCGUAUUACGCUGAGUGAUCGCAGUAAGUUGCCGUACGUUCAAGCAACUUUAUUGGAGAUUCAGCGCUUUGCUUGUGUCACCCCAGUGGCAGUGGCCCAUCGCACUUGCGAAGAGACAGAGCUGAUGGGUUACACUAUUCCUGCCAAUUCCAUGGUUUUUGCUAAUCUGUUCACGAUAUUUCGAGACCCAACGCUGUGGAGAGACCCAGAGCUGUUUGAUCCAUCACGAUUUAUAGAUGAUAGUGGGGAAUGUGUGAAACCGGAAUAUUUGAUGCCGUUUUCUAUUGAACUGCUGGCAAAAUUUUACCGGGCUGUGAUUGAGAGUGUGCUAACACAAUCUUUCACCGUCUGGUACAGUAGUGCUACAGUAGAGGACAAGAAUCGCCUCAACCGCGUAGUAAAAACUGCCAGGCGCAUUGUAGUAUCUCCACUGGGUGGAGAAGUGCGUAGAUAG